UCCUGUCCAUCUCUAUCUAUCUCUUUGGAUCUCAAUGGGAUGCUGCAGGCUAUAGCUCUCUCUCUCUCUCUCUCUCUGAUUCUCUUCGUCCCUCUUUUUCAUUGUCUUUCAUACCUCCAUCCUAAGGCUCUGGCUCCUCCGGUCGGUGCCCUGUCGUUUUUCCCGUGGGCGGCAGCGAGAUAUGAAGCGUCGCCAUGGGUUUCAUGGAAUUCUACUUGGAGAUUGACCCCGUGACCCUGAACCUCAUCAUCCUGGUGGCCAGCUACGCCAUCCUCCUCCUUGUCUUCCUCAUCUCCUGCAUCCUGUACGACUGCCAGGGGAAGGACCCCACCAAGGAGUACGCCCCCGCGCCCCCCGCUCCCCCUGCGCCCCCAGCGCCCCCCAGCCAGUCGCCCAUACGCCUGGUGGUCAUGCAGAACUCGCCUGCCUCGUCUCGCUAUGAGCAGCAGAACAACAUGGCUGCUCCAGAACCCAGCAGGAAGCCAGAACCCAACAGGAACCUGGAACACAGCAGGAAGCCAGAACCCAGCAGGAACCUGGAACCUAGCAGGAAGCCAGAACCCAGCAGGAAGCCAGAACCCAGCAGGAACCACUACGAGCCCAGCAGGAACCACUACGAGCCCAGCAGGAACCAUUACGAGCCGCCAGCGCAGACGCCCACCCCCGACCUGGGGAGGGAGAAGAGGAGCACCCUGGUCUGAGAAGGACAGAUUGAUGAGGUGGGGGGGUCCAUGAUUGAAGAGAAGAGAGAUACUAAGUUCUGGAUAUGACACUGAGUAGGAUAGAGGGAGGAGAUGGGAGAUUUGGUUGUACAGACAAGGACUGGACUGGACUGGACUGGACUAGAUGUAAAUUGCUGCUGUUUUGUUUAGUAUUUUAUUUUUGCUCUGUAGAUUUUUUUCUUUUGGUGUCUGUAUCGCUGAGAAGCAGCAGAUGCGUCUGGAGUCAUCACCGCUCAGAAACCAGAGGACCUCUGACUUUAUGGAAUCACCCCUCUCUCUCCUGUUCACCCCAUCGCUACAUCGUUGGGCAUGAUGAUGCCAAAGGGCCAGUAGAAGACACCCUGCCACACCUCACUAAGAAGGAACCACCUUGGGAUCAAGUUCUACGUGUAUAAUGAUGGAACUAUGAACUAAUGGAGAUCCGCAAUACCCAACAGCUUCCAUGUAGUCCACACUACUUUGUAGAAACUGGAGGAGACUUCGAGCCACAGUGGUACAACAGCUUCCAUUUAGACCACCUGCUUCAAAGAAACUGGAGGAGACUUCGAGCCACAAUGGUACAACAGCUUCCAUUUAGACCACCUGCUUCAAUGAAACUGAGGGAGAGGGGUAGAGAGACUGAUGGUUGAUUGGAGCAGGAUGUCCUGUGACUGUCCUCCGCUCAGCCACAUCAAGCCUCAGUCACGUCAAGUCAUCUGCUCUGCCACGACUUUGAAACGACCAACAGUCAGAGAGUCGUGCCACCGAGGGACUCGACAUGCUAAAGCCUCUUAUGUAAAAAACUAAAACAAGGGCCUUGUCAGCUCAGUGCCCAUCGAGACCAACCAAUGACUUGACCAAUCCCGAGCCCCAUUUUGCAAUAUGAAUAGCAGCAAAUUAUAUUUCCCUCAUGUUUCAUGUUUGAGGGAUUAGAGUCCAACUCAAGUAUUAUGGGUGAGCGAGGUUUACGUAUUCUUUCUGAUGUUUGCUCUGCUUUGCUUUGGUCCUCUCUGCAGGGUAACAUCAGUUUCUUCUUGUUAACAGACCAAAAACAUUUUGGUCAUAUUCUGGGUUUGACGUAGGUGGUAGUGGGACCAAUAAGGAGUAGACAUCAGUUUAGGACUUAGUCUAGGGAGGGAGAUAUGUGUGGCACGCAAGAGGGAGGAUUUAAAAUCAAACUUGACUUGAGCCGAUGUUCAAGUGAACUUGUAAGCCUGGGGCGCACUCAUGAGUUAUGAAAUGGAAGCAAACAGGCCGAAACAGGGAGGAACUACCUGGAGUUUUCCCCAACAAGAAACAGUUGUUUUUCGCUUUCUGUUGCAAAACAUUUUGCUACGGUGUACACUAAUGAAUAAGACCCAGGUUUUGGGGAGAAGUCAGACAUGUCAUAUAAGUGACUAAUUGUUGCUCUCAAAAUACUGUUGAUCCUUUAUCAAAUGUAGUAUUUGUGGUACAUUAUUACCAUACUGCAAAAAUAUAUUGCAUAUUAAAUAAAGGUAUAACAAAAGUAUCACUCUUGCCCAAGCCCUU